GGCAGUAACAAUGUAAUGGCCAGCAGGACCGUGCGGAGGGUGAAGCGUAAAGGAAAGGAAUCUGGUAAUGCAGCUCAGGACACCCUCCCCGCAAUAGUUGUCACUCCCCCCGACAUGAAGGUCAAGGCACCGGGCUCACGAGUCGACAAAACUGUCAAGAAUAAUGUCAACGAAGCUACAUCAUCAACAACUACAGUAAUCAACAACAACAUGGAAGAAUUCAACGUCAACAAACUUAUAGCGGAACUCUCUGAAAAUUCCAGAGCGUCUAAGGGCGAGAUAGAAAGCAUACAGAGAAAAUUACUCCAACAAGCCAACGAGAUACUCAAAGUGAACGCUUUCGCCAACCCGGUCCCCGGACCACGAGUCAUAGACAGCGCACAAAAAUAUUCAACUAAUCAACCCGUUUAUGGGAGAAUACCGACAGUUAUACCGAGAACUAUGAAUCAAGCAGAUUUAGAUUCGCGCCAAAACCUGAAUCAAACUAACAUGGCGGCGAAGGACACUAAGGACAAUCAACUUAGCGAUCAACUAGUCCCAGAGAAGCUACAAGAGGCUCCCGUGUUCCCGGGAACGAUGUGUGGCAACCAGGGAAAUAUGCAAGGGGCCGGCGCGGCGGGAAGAGGCAUUUUUUCCUACGAAACAGGUUCCACAGCGAGCCGCCUGCCCGCCAGUGCGCGCGCCGCUUCAACAAGAGGUGCAGACGUACCGCCGUACAGGAUGCCGCCGGCGCCGGACGCGGCGCUGCCCGGUGCUCCCGCGCCGGCCGCGCUCCAUACACACUCCAAUAAGUUUCCUAUCGAACGAGAAGUGAUCCUGUCAUCCGGCGAUAAGAACUCGAAGGUGCCAAUACUUCAACAAGAAAGAAGGCGAGGGCGCCUCGGUGCCGUGGCGCCCGACACGCCUCCAAAGGCGCUUGCCGCUUGGACUCAUGCCGAUAACCAAGCGGGCACCUCUGGAGACAUCAGGCAAUACCACGAGCAAAACUAUGGCUACGUUAUGCAAAACUCCACUCGACCACAAGGAUAUGACACUCCCAAACCACCGGUACCUGCCAAAAACUACAGCCCCAAAACAGAACAAAACAAUUCGCAAAUGAUCACAGUCACUGUCGAAACAGGGAAAGACAAUACACGUGAUGCUCCUAAAAACGCUAAAUCUGUAAGCAAGACCUAUCAUACAUUAAAAGAUAUGAUAUCGAGUAGAUUCAAGAGUAAAGAAAAUAAUGAAAAUGAGAAGGAACCUGAAGUGAAUUUGAAUAAUAGUGAAGAGAGAAAGAGAGAACCGGAGCCGACGAGAGAGCCAGCGAGGAAGGAGCAGAUAUAUGGUAGACCUAUGACCCAGAACAGGCCGGAAAUGCAGAAUAGGCCAGAGAUGCAGAAUAGGCCGGAGAUGCAGUACAGUCAUGGAAUGGCGAAUAAUGCGGCUUAUCAGAGUCCAUCACCGCACAGGCAGUUAAUGCAGCAACAGAUGGUCCAUCAGCAGAUGCUCCUUAGCGCAGCCAGGUCCCAGGAGAUGCUGGCCAGUCCACACAGACCUCAAGCCUUGGGAGCCGAUGCUUUAUACCAGCAGUACGGACCUCCUGGACGAAGGAGCGCGGUGUACCAAAGAGACAUGGAUGUGAGGUCAAUGGCAAACUUUACCUCAUUGAAGACAGGACCGCAGACACAGUUUGAGUCCCACUCAAGACCAGAUCUCAGAAGCCCACAGCAGUUAGAAAGGGAAAUCAUCAGACAAAGACACCUGACAGAUGACCGACGUGCUUCAUCUCAUCCUCAUUUACUCGACGAGCCACGACAAAGACCUCAAGUAACCACACCUCAAAUCCACGACAGAUCAAGAAGAAACUCUCAUGGAAAUCUCCUCGAAGGCACAUCAGUUGACAGCCCUCAACGAAACUGCGAUGAGCGAGAAUCAGAUGAUGGUGGUUUUAGAGCCCGAUUAGCUGCUCAAGGAAGAUCAAGUUUCGAAGAACGUAUCAGAACAAGCGGUAGAUCUACCGAGUCUGACCGACAAGAGAAACAGGAGAGCUACAGAAAAACACCAGACAAUCACAAAGAAAGGAGAACCCCGGAUUCAAUCAGCCAAAGACAAAGAGAAGAAGCCUCAACGUCAGCCCAAAUAGAAAGAGACGAAAGGGCCAGUCAGAAAUCUGCUGAUAGUGUAUAUAACUCAAGCGGAAAAGCCGAACCUUACAUUCCACAACCUUCGUCGUCGAGACAGACACCGAACAGGAUAGAAGAUCUGAAAGCGCAUGGGAGAAAGGGGGCUAACGGAUCCGGUGCCAGUUCAGAUUAUGACAAGAAUGGUGGGCAGUCAUCGAACGUGGAUUCUGGUCGCGGCAGCGCCGCAUACUCGAGCGGCCGGCGGCCCGAGCCCGGCGCCGACGCCGCAGACUCGGAUCGGGCACCGCCUACGCAGCAGCAGCCGCAAGCCGAGAACGAAUGGGCGGACCUAGUUGAGUGCGAGCUGCGUCAGAUCCUGGAGCCGAAGCUAGCUGGCAUGAGGCUGGACAGCUCCGGAAGUUCGCUGAGUUCAGUGACCCCGCCGCUACCGCCGCUCUCGCCUGCUUCAGACCACAAUAAGAGGAAUAGCCUGCCAGGACGCGCGGAGUACUCUGACGAUCGGAGACGUGGGAGAGAUUCACCGCGUUGGCACUCGCACAAGAAGCAUUCCUCGAAAAGGGACCAUCACUAUAAGAAGCAUUUGUUCGGUCUCGAUACAACAGACAUGACAUCAACAACAACACGUAGCCUAGACCUCUCAUCGCUGCUCGACGCGCGCACCGACAGCGACGCGUCAGGCGGAGAUGCGAGAGCCAUCCGCAGGCAGUUGCGUGGUCUGGAGACCAUGUACGCUGAGGUGCUGCAGCUGCUGGGUGUGAGGAAGCCAGCAAGCUUGGCUAAGCAGCCUACGUGGGAAGCAAGACUGACGUCGAAGCGCCGUUAUGGUAGCAUGUCUUCCCUACCCUCGAGUUCAGUCAGCAGUCGCCCAGUCCGGGAGAAGCGGCGGAGCUCCAAUGAGAAUAGGAAGAAGCAUGACAUCAAGGGCAUCAACAAGCGUUUUCAGCGUCUAGAGUCUCACGUGGUGACGUUGGCGCGGUCGGUGGCGCAUCUCUCCAGCGAGAUGCGGACCCAGCAUCUCGUCAUGCAGGAGAUGGACGCUAUCCGAGCAGAGAUCACUGCGCUGCGGCAUAUGUAUAAAUCUCAGCAAUAUCUGCGCACAGGCCAGCUGCCGCUAUCAGACCCGUUCUCCUUCAGCAACCCGGACCGCGUGAAGCGUCUGACGAAGUUCUUCGGAGACGAGCCGCCACUCAUGAGACUGUUCCUUAAGAAGCUCGGAUAUGAGAAAUACGCAGCUCUGCUAGAAAAGGAGAAAGUUGGAGCAGCUGAGCUACCUUACGUCGGAGAAGACAAACUUCGGGCUCUGGGGGUGCCCCUGGGCCCUCGCAUGCGGAUCCUGAAGGAGGCCGGGAUACACCACGAUAUGCAUCACAUGUCGAGAGACGACCAUCAUAGCACUACUACUACACUAGCUAUAGUCUAACUGGCAUGUUGAUAAGACAUUCAGUUGAAUAGACAUAAACCAUAUUGGAAGUCCUAUUGGCUAUCCAGUUGAGUAGACCUAAACCAUAUUGGAAGUCCUAUUGGCUAUCCAGUUGAAUAGACCUAAACCAUAUUGGAAGUCCUAUUGGCUGUCCAGUUGGUUGGUUGACUUUAAGUAACACACAAUGGUCAAAGAUAUGAUGGGUCUCAUGUUGAUGCCAGUUGGAUUGAAAAGUGACUUAAGAGUCUCAACUCACUUAAGACGAAGGUGGAGCCUUUUUAUACAAACUUAGUCCUCAUUUUCGUCUCUAGAUACACAGGACAACCAUCAAAUUGUGUGAAAAUAUUUUUCAUAAUGUCUAUAUCCAGAGAGGAAAAUUGAGACUACGUUUGUAUUGAGAAUUUGUAUCGUCCCCUUUCCUCUGAACGAAGCGUUCAGAGCGGUAAAUACCGCUACACAUUUGAAGUAAAUCAAUGAAACCUACAUCUCAAAAAUCACUAAAUUUUUAGUAGCCGACGGAUGGUUUUUCUUGUUGAGGAUCCUCUUAAUGGAUCGAAACGUCGAGCGAAAUUAGACCAAAACUUCCGUGAGUGACUCGUUGUAAAAUAUAUAUUAGUAAAAUACCUGAGUCACAGGGGAGUUUUAGGUUUACGCUAUAUAUACUUACUCAAACAAAACUACAAUGCGUAUGGUAUGAAUUUUCUCAAAUGAUUUUUAGGCCUCGGUCCCUUAUCAGCCACGAGCCAAAGCCACAAUGUCCGUUAAAAAACAAUUAUAUCGUAAUACUGUUAAGGUUCAAAUCUAUCUAAUUAUCUGAGCGCUCGGGUACAUUGAGGUGGUCGAUCGUCCUACAUUACCAAAAGAUUUACAUGUACAUAGAUUUUAACCUUAAAACCACUACGAUACAGCCGCUUUUUAAACGACAUUGUUGUUUUGUCACACGGUCACACGCCCAACUCGGGAGCCGACCGAUCGCACAAAAGAAACAAUGGCUAGGCCUUAGGCGUAAAAAUCAUUGGAUAAUAUUCAUACUAUAAUAACAGAUUUGUAAUUUUGAGAUCAUAUCACAGGAAAGGUAAGGUACCUAAGUAACUCAUAUAUAAAGAGUGCAACGAUAAACAUGUCACAACGAGUAUU